AUGAUGGACGCCGAUGUUAUGCCUUAUAACGUACGGCCAAUGACCACAGCACCGAUGCAACAACGGCCUUCCUUGGUUCCCUACCAUAUGCCAACGAUAUUUAUGAGCACGGCUCCCAUCAACAGCAUCAGCGCGCCAGCACAUUAUCAGCCAUCCGUGUCUUAUGGCGGAGGAUAUCCGGCUUAUCCGCUGCCUACGCCUACUGCCAUGAGCUCUCCGUACAAGCAUCAGCAUUACCAGGAACGACCAUCACUACAUAUGGUUACGCCUGAACUCAAGGACACCAGGGGACUGCAUCAUAUUAGGGAUGCGAGGAGGUACAGUGAAGAGAGCAGGAGCCCAUCGGAGCAUAGCGAUUCUCAAGCUUCUACGGCGGAGACGACCAUCUCGAACCACUCGACCUACUCGCGAACCAUCACCCCCAAUGCCCGGGUCAACGGAGCGCCUCAAGUCGAGUUUACCACUGCGGUGGACAAGCUCAUGAAGGUCAUUCAGUCCAAAAUGAAGGACACGGACGCCGAGCAGAGCGGUGAUGAUAAGGACAUCAAGACUCAACAGCAAUCAUCCCCCGAUUACCAGACAAGAGUGCAGCAACCGGCCAAUAAGCAUAAGCGUAAGCGAUAUGAGUGCCAAAUCGAGGGCUGCAAUAAGAAUGUCUCCCGGAAGACGAACCGCGACACCCAUGUUCAAUCUCACACUGGAGAUAGACCCUAUGUUUGCCCUAUUCCUGGCUGUGGUGGAAGAUUCACGCAGGCCGGUAGCCUCAAGAUACACAAACGUCGUCACACAGGAGAGAGGCCCUACCGCUGCGAGGUAUGCGAUACGGGUUUUGUGCAACGUGGAGAUGUCAAGGCACACAUGAAGACACAUCUUGGCAUAAAGGCAUUCCUCUGCAGACUCGAUAACUGCCACAAGCAGUUUACCCAGCGGGGAAAUCUCAAGUAUCACCAAAACAAGUACCACAAGGAGACCAUCAAGGCUCUCGCCGUAAGAUUCGGCACUAUCGAGGACUGGUCGAUUGUAUCGAAGGAAGAUAUGGAGAUUUUUAAGGACUUCGCCGAGGUCUACAAGAAUAGUAAUAAGGGUAUUAAGGGUCGGGGAAAGUAUCGUAAGGUGAAGUUGGUGCCUCUAAGCUUACCUACCAGCCCGACCGGCCAUUCGCCGCUUCCUAAUAUUAUGAUUUCCCAGUACCCUCUUCCUUCGGCUCCCGGACUUUCGCAACUUCUUUAUACUCCUCAUCCGCUCCACCCUCCGCUUCAUCACCAAGGACCUAGCCACUCGGCUAUGUACGGCAUGCCCCGACCGGGCCUCCAUGGCCAUUACGAAACCUACGAUCACCACGAAGUCCACAUUGUGGCCAGCAGCCGCGGUUCUGUAGCAGAACCCAUUUACUACUACGAGGAGCACCCUGGGGAGCUUGCUUUCGGCGACCGGAUACUAGACUAUUAGCUAUUGAGAUGGCGAUACGAUUAUUAGUGUGUUUUGACUUGUACGAAAGGACGAGCCUGUUUCGCUUUUCUAUUUGCAACCUUUUACUUAUUUGUAUAUGACCUAUUAUCGCCUUUGUUAUUUCCUUUUUAUAUUGUUUAGUUAUUACCUUUGUUUGAUAUAUACAUCCCGAAUCAGAUCCGUUCGAUCAGCUGAUAUCGUUAUUUGCAGACUUAACUGUACCUAGUGCCUAUAUAGUUCGGACUCUCCUACCUAAUCUAGUUGAAGACUGGACCUACCGGGGUAAAGACUUGCUCCCCCGACGUCAAAUUCCGGAUGGCUACGACGCCAGUACCAUGACCAAUGCUGUUUCGUCAUAUACAGCGCUGUCCAUCUAUCCUUAUGCUUAGGAUCUGCGUCAACCUUGCCAGUAUCGAGAAGCAUCUUAACGAUCGCUUUAUAGCCUUUUUCCGCCGCAAGCCAUAGCGCCG